GUGAAACAUAAAGGCAAGACAAAGAACAAGCUUUUCUUGGCUAUAUAGGAAUCCAAUUCCAAGGUUUAUUUCCGACAAGGAAGAAGGAUCCCUGACGGGCUAGUGUGGCUUCCUAUGCUCCUCCUCUUCCCCCAUUCCAAGCCAGCGAUCUCGAGUUCGGAAUGGUUCGGUUGAUCUGCUCUAUCGUGUAAUGGAAUCUUUAGGGUUAAAGCGAUGAUGAUGCUUCUCUUGUUUCACGAAAUUUGCCGCAGUGAUGGGGAUUUAUUGUGAUCUUCUGAAGGCAACUUCUGGCCUUCUAUUAGAUCUUACUUAUUUUAGUUGGGGUCAACCUCAUAGAUCUUACUGUGUCACAAUUUGCCAGUUUGAAAUUUUUUUUCCCACUCUGAAGCUUGGACUGUACAAUUUUUUCAAAAGAAAUAUUUGAGACAAUCUGUGGUUGGAAGAAGGAUGGCUAGAAGUCGAAAAUUUUGCCUGUAUCUUCUGUUAUUGAUGUGUUGGGCAUAUAUUGGAGAAGCAGAUUAUAUGAAAUACAAGGAUCCUAAACAGCCAAUCAAUGUUCGAAUCAAGGACUUGAUGGAUCGGAUGACCCUUGCUGAAAAGAUUGGUCAGAUGACCCAGAUUGAGCGCGAGGUUGCAUCGGCUCAAGUCAUGAAAAACUACUUCAUAGGUAGCGUGUUGAGUGGUGGAGGGAGUGUGCCUCGUCCUGAAGCUAGUGUUGCAGACUGGGUGAAUAUGGUAAAUGAAUUUCAAAAGGGCUCUCUCUCAACCAGGCUGGGGAUUCCAAUGAUUUAUGGGAUUGAUGCUGUUCAUGGACAUAAUAAUGUUUAUAAAGCAACAAUAUUCCCUCAUAAUAUUGGUCUUGGAGCUACCAGGGAUCCUGAACUUGUGAAGAGGAUUGGCGCAGCAACUGCCCUUGAAGUAAGGGCAACAGGCAUCCCAUAUGUCUUUGCUCCAUGCAUUGCGGUUUGCAGAGAUCCAAGAUGGGGACGGUGUUACGAAAGUUAUAGUGAAGACCACAACAUUGUCCAGCAAAUGACAGAAAUAAUCCCUGGAUUACAGGGAGACGUGCCUGCUAAAUACAGAAAAGGUGUUCCAUAUGUUUCUGGAAAGGAGAAAGUUGCAGCCUGUGCAAAGCAUUAUGUUGGUGAUGGUGGGACGCAUAAUGGUAUUAAUGAGAAUAACACCAUUGUCAACCGUGCUGACCUACUUAGCAUCCAUAUGCCUGCUUACCUCAACUCAAUUAUAAAAGGUGUAUCGACAAUUAUGGUGUCGUACUCAAGCUGGAAUGGAGUGAAAAUGCAUGCAAAUCGUGAUCUAGUCACUGGCUACCUUAAAAACACUCUUCGCUUCAGGGGCUUUGUAAUCUCAGAUUGGCAGGGAAUUGAUAGGAUCACCAGCUCGCCAGGUGCAAAUUACACUUACUCAGUCCAAGCUGGAAUUAGUGCUGGUAUUGAUAUGGUGAUGGUUCCAUACAACUAUUCUGAGUUUAUUAAUGAUCUGACAUCCCUGGUUAAGAAGAAUGUCAUCCCCUUGAGCAGAAUUGAUGAUGCUGUAGGAAGAAUCCUUAGGGUUAAAUUCACCAUUGGUCUCUUUGAGAACCCUCUGGCUGAUCUUAGCUUGGUUGAUCAGCUAGGAAAGAAGGAGCAUAGAGACUUGGCAAGGGAAGCUGUUAGAAAAUCACUUGUGCUACUGAAAAAUGGCAAAUCUACAAAUGAUUCAUUCUUGCCUCUCCCUAAAAAGGCUGCAAAGAUCCUUAUCGCCGGAAGUCAUGCUAGCAAUUUGGGUUAUCAAUGUGGUGGAUGGACAAUCGAAUGGCAAGGCGAUAGUGGAAACAUCACAGUUGGAACAACCAUACUUGAUGCUGUUAGAUCUGCUAUUGACCCUUCAACGGAAGUUGUCUACUCCGAGAACCCUGAUAGCAAUAUCGUCAAAGGCAAUGACUUCUCCUAUGCCAUUGUUGUGGUGGGAGAACCACCUUAUACUGAAACUGCUGGCGACAACCUCAACCUCGAGCUUCCAGACCCUGCCCCAAGCAUUAUUCAGACUGUGUGCGGUACCAUCAAAUGUGUUGUUGUUAUCAUCUCUGGCAGGCCUGUCGUGAUUGAGCCCUAUGUUCCCUUGGUGGAUGCUCUUGUUGCGGCUUGGCUUCCUGGGUCUGAAGGCCAAGGUCUCACUGAUGUUCUCUAUGGGGACUAUGGAUUCACAGGAAAGCUUUCCCGAACCUGGUUCAAGUCUGUGGAUCAACUCCCCAUGAAUGUUGGGGAUAAGCACUAUGAUCCACUAUUUCCAUUUGGCUUUGGCUUAACAACUAAGCCUACAUCAGGGAGGCUAUCAUCUGCUGCCAGUAUCGUGAGAAAACAAACUUCCUGGGUGGUGUCUCUAUACCUCAGUUUUUCAGUGGCAUGGAUAAUUUUCUAAUUAAUUGUGAUUCCAACUUGGAUCUCAGACAUUAUCAGCAUGUGCAGAUUGCAAUUCAUGAGAUCAAUGAGGUGGCUUAAUUUUGUUUUGUCUAGUGUUCUUUUGCAAGCCUGAACUCAAUUGAGUUUCGUACAUGCUACGAUCAUUCUUAUUUGAUUACAGAAUCAUGAGAUUAUUAAGAUGGGAACAGAGUAUUUUGUUUUCA